GGCUGAUGAAGCCGUUGUUGACGACGCCUGGGCUGACGCACCAACCUCACUCGGCCCACAUAUACAGGUCGCUCCCGUUGUUGGGCUCGGACGUGCCCGUCGAGGAGGAAGGUUCGCCGAACUACAACCCGCGACAUUUCUACCCGACGCGCCUCGGUGAGGUCCUCCAGGACUCGUACGAGGUCGUCGCGAAGCUCGGCUUCGGCGGCAACUCGACAGUGUGGCUGGCGAGGGAUUUGCUGAGAUACCGCUUCCCGCAAGACCGCUACGUCGCGCUCAAGAUCUGCCGCAACGACACCGCGCACGCCGCCUGCGCGUCCAAGGAGCUCAGCAUCUCGCAGCACAUUGCCGCCGCGAACCCGUGGCACCCCGCGCUGCGCUACGUGCGCACCGUCAAGGAUUCGUUCGAGCUCGACGGCCCGCACGGCAGGCACCUCACCAUGGUGUACGAGCCGAUGCGCGAGCCGCUCUGGCUCUUCCAGUACCGCCGCCUCGGGGGCGUGUACCCUGCGCAUCUGUUGAAGCCGACGGUGAGAAUAUUGCUGUACGCGCUGGAUUAUCUGCAUACGCAGGCGCACGUCAUACACACCGACAUCAAAGCCGAAAACAUCCUCCUCGCGCUCGAGUGCACCUCCGUGCUCGACGACCUCGCCGCCGACGAGCAGCACGACCCCUCCCCUCGCAAGAUCCUCGCCGACCGCUCCGUCUACCUCUCGCGGAACGACUUUGGGCCCCUCCGCACGCUCCCCAAGUUCAUCCGCAUCAGUGACUUUGACGUCGCCGUCCGCGGGGACUCCAAACAGCCUCUCACGCACUGGAUCCAGCCGGACGAUUUCCGCGCGCCAGAGGUCACGCUCGGCGCGCCGUGGAGCUACAGCGCGGAUAUGUGGAACGUCGGCGCGAUGCUCUGGAACCUCCUCGAGGGCGAGACGUUGUGCGCCGGCCGGGACGCGCGCGGGGAGUACGACGCGGGCCGGCAGCUUGCGCAGAUCACUAGUUUACUCGGGCCUGCUCCUAAAGCCCUCCUGCAGCGCGGGAGUGAUACCGAGCUGUUUUACGACUCUGACGGUGACCUCAAAGGCACGCAAGCGGAGCCCCGCGCGCUCGAAGACACCGUGCAUGCCCUCGAGGGUGAGGACAAGGCGCUGUUUCUCGACUUUGCGGGGCGCAUGCUGCGCUGGCUCCCCGAGGAGCGCGCUACUGCGGGCGAGCUCCUCGAGCACCCGUGGCUGUCGUCCCCGAGCACGCCGCCCAAGUAGAUUUGUUCCCGCCUUUUCACGUCCCGUACGCUCCCAUUACCCGCCUCCUUCUCCCGCCCACACGCCUUCGCCCACUAUCGGCGCCGGUAUAAGCGCCGGCGCUGGAUAGGACCUUUAGACUAACUUAUUGCCUUUUUGUUUUCCGCUCUCCCUUCCUCUCCUUCCAUUUGGUAUCGGUAGCAUUGAGUAAUAUGGUAAGGACUGGACUUUGGUGCAUUGUGCUGUAGAUGGGUAUCAUAGAUAGACUUGAUUUGUAUAGAUGUAUAUGUAUGUACGAGGUGUAGAUAGAGGACUAUGAAUGGGAGGUUAAUGGUUGGAUCCAUGAGCG